AAAUUAUUAUUAUUUUUUUGCUACUGUAUUCAGUUAGCUGUAUUCAGAUUAAACUGUAACUCUAUAACUCUAACUGAACACAUCAAGCUCGGCCCUUGCUCCAGACUCAAGCGUCUGAAUCUGCGUGUGCUUUGCUCAGGCUGCCAGGCCCGAUUCCAGCAGGACGAGCCGCCGUCGCAGCUGGAGCAUGUGAAGUCUGCGUUCCAGGUUUACGCUGAUCAGCUGAAGCAGUCGGCACACAAGGCCCUCACUCACCUCGACGACACCGAGUUCAAAGACUACAAGGAAUUCCUGGGCCAGUCUGUGGACAACCUCCACGGCUACUUUCAGGACGGCUUCCAAACCAUCAGCCCAUUCAGCACCCAGAUGCUGGACGCCACUAAAGACAGGCGUGAGAAGCUGAUCAAAGACGUGGAGGAGCUCCGCAAGAAGAUCGAGCCCAUGCGCAAGGAGCUGAGGCAGGUGCUGGAGAAGCACUUCCAGGAGUACAGUGACGAGCUGAAGCCUUUCUUCGAGGAGUACUCGGCCAAGCAGCGCCAGCACAUGGAGGAGAUGAAGACCAAGCUGGAGCCUGUGGUCAAGAGCUUAAAGGAGAAGAUCGGAACCAACUGGGAGGAGACCAAAUCCAAGCUGGUGCCCAUCAUCAGUCUUCAGUGCUGUCAGGACCUCAGUGUUCAGUCUCUGUGA